AUGAGCUCACCGCAUGUAGCUCUCGUAGGCGCUACCGGGAACCUUGGCCCAGCCAUUCUGGAGCAACUCCUCGCGGCCUCGCUCAAGGUCACGGUCCUGGCGCGAGUAGGCAGUGCCAACAUGGUCCUCGCAUUAACCAAUUCGAACAGUGUAAGAGUUCGAGAGGUUGACUACAGCUCCCACUCCUCCGUUGUCUCCGCACUCGAUACAGUGGACAUAGUUAUCUCGACGCUUGGCUUCGCCAAUCUGUAUGAGAUUCAAAGGAGCCUCAUCGACGCUUCUAUUGAAGCCGGUGUGUCGAGGUUUAUUCCUUCAGAGUUUGGCAAUGACUCUGUAAAUCCGCUUGUCCGAAAGCUACCGGUCUUUGCCGACAAGAUCAAUACUCAGGAAUAUCUUAAGUCAAUAGUCGCUGAGAACCCUGAGUUCAGCUAUACCUUCGUCUAUAAUAACUCUUUCUUGGACUGGCAGCUUCAGAUUGGCUUUAUGGUCAACCUUAAGGACCAUACCGCCACUCUUUACGACGGCGGCGACGUUCUAUACUCUGCGACUCGACUUUCAACCAUCGGCAGGGCAUUGGCUGCCAUUGCAAAGAAUCUGGAUGUCACCAAGAACAGACAUAUCUACAUCCAUGAUAUUGCCAUUACACAGAAUCAGAUUAUUGAAAUUGCGAAGCGUGUUGAUGGAAAGGAGUGGAUAACUACUGCUGCAUCUACGGCCGAGAUUGAGGAGAAGUCGCACCAAGCGUUGAAGAGCAGUGACCCAGCCGAGGUGGCUGGUUCCGCUCUAGGGUUCAUCGCUCGUGCUUGUUGGGGUGAGGGAUAUGGUGGUGACUUCAGCAAGAAGAGCAACAACGAUUUCCUUGGGCUUCCGGGCUUAAGCACUGAAGGACUUGAGGAACUGGUUAGGGAUAUAAUUGAGAAUAAUAGCAAGUAG